AUGUCUUCAGAGUUUUUAGAUUACACUAAAAAUAAGCGGAAAGAAAAUUUAGAUUUCUUGAGUCAAUUUAUGAAAAAUCAUCAAAUUAAUGUUGAAACUAUAGUCUCUCCUCAACAAUCAAUUGUUACAUCACAAAUGACUGAUCAAGUUAUUAGAAUUGUUAAUUCAAAAUAAAGUUUACAAACAUAAUAAUCUCCUACAUCAAUUACACCUUUAUAAUCUCCUAAAUUAGUUGACACUACUCCAAUUAUAUAAGAAAUUGAUAGCAUUUUAGAAAAAAUUCAAAUGAAAACAUAUAAUCCUUAAAAGUAAACUCCUGAAAAGAAAUAAUCUCCUGUGAAAAUAGAAUAACCUAAAUAAUAAGAUAUUAUAUAAUAGAUUAAAAUGAAGAUUCCAUAAAAUUAGUCAAAAAAGUAAAAAGAAGAAAUAUUAAUUUAAAAUUAAAAAUAAGAAACAUAAAUAACAGAACCUGAAGAAAAUAUAAUUAUUCAAUCAAAAGAGCCAUCUCCUAAAAAAGAAUCUUCAAUUAAAGAUGAAGUCAAGAGAAUAAGAGAUACUUUUAAACCACCUAAAUCAUAGAAGAUUGAAAAACCUAUAGAUUAAGAAUUUGAAGAACCUAAAUAAGAACUAAUUACAACUUCAUAAUUCCCAUAAUUCAUAAAUGAAGAUUCAUCUAUGGAAUAUGUAACACCAAUAAAGAAAAUGGAAAUUUAUUCAUAAUUAAGUUAUAGUUAAAGUAAUUCAAUACUCUAAUCAGAAUUAAAAGAAACUACAUAGAAACCAGAAUUUAAUUUAAUGAAAGAUCCUGUAAUAGAAGAACUCAUCUAAGAAGAAUUAAUAUUAAUGCAAAGAUUACAUUUCCUAUAAUAGUAAUUGUAAUAUGAAUAAAGACAACAUGAGUUUAUUUGA